GGUUAUGGUAGAGGAAGAUUUGGAGGUGACAGUUCCGGCAGAGGCAUGGGACAAGGAAGGUCCAUCUUGCAAUCUCAAGGAGAAGUAACCGGUGAUCACAACCAAAAGCAGAAUUUAUCCAAAGUGAUGCGACAAGGCUGGUCAGCAUCAAGUUGUUUGGAGUAAGCAAGCCGACAUGUCUGCAAGCCGAAGGACUUGCUGAGGGACGUGCUGAAGGACUCGUUGAAGGACUCACUGAAGGACUGACUGAAUGAAUUGCUAAUGAAUCUACAAGGACAUGGCAUGCUCGGUUAGGUCAUAUAAGUUUUUGGAAUUGAUUCACGGAGAAGAUGUUGGAGAAGGACAUGAAGAAGAUGAUGUCAUGGAGGAUAUCACUCAAGACAACCACGAGGAUGAGGUUGGUGAAGUAGUUCAAGGAGUACCACAGCUGACAAAGUCUGGUCGACAAGUGAAUCAGCCGCAGUACCUUGAAGACUAUGUUAUGAAGUCCGAAACAGUUUCCGGUUUGUUCCAGAAAACUUAUGAUGAAAGUGAGAGACGAGCCAAGAUCAACAAGAACAGGUGGUUCCUUGUUGACAUAUCGAUUGAAGUUUUUGAUCGGUACAAAAGGUUUGAAGAGUGUGUAGAGAAGCAAGCCGGCUUAUCCAUAAAAACCUUUCGCACCGAUAGAGGAGGAGAGUUUAUGGAGCUCAAUCGAUUACGCAUAGAGGAGGAGUCUCUAUGCAUUUAAUGAAGAUUCGAUGUUGCAUAGAGGAGGAGUCUCUAAGCAUCUAAUGAAGAUUCGAGGUUGCAUGGAGGAGGAGUCUCUAGGAACCUAAUGAAGAUUCUGAAUGAUAUGUGGGGAG